AUGUCAAUUGCUAUUAAAAUACCAAAGACUCUUAAAAAAGGAAAUAUAACCAUUAUAAAGUAUAAAGAUGGAAGGAUCCUUCUUAAAUCAGAUACUGCAUCAUAUAAAGUAAUGGAAUUCCCUUUGGAAUUUCCUAAAUAUGUAAUAAAUAAAGAUGGUAAAACACUCUCAAAAAUCCGUAACAGAGGAAUAAUAAAACGGUCUAUAAAUGAGAAAUCCUUUGGUCAUUAAAAGUACC